AUGGCUUCCAAGAAGAACGACGACGACAUCCUUACAGACGACUAUGUGGCCGAGGUCCUGGCCAGCGAAGCCAGGGACUGCUCCUUGAAGUACUCUGCGCUGGGCCUCGAGGGCUACAAAUCCCCGUCGAGACCUGCCAACAAGAGCAAGCCCAACACGCGGUUCCUCCGACACAUCAUCAAAGAGACCAAGAACCACAACGAGGCGCUGCUGGCCAAAGAGGCCGCCGAGUCGCAGGCAAGGCUACAGGAGCUGGCCGAAGCCGAAGACAAGAAGAGGAGGAAACACAGACCAGAACCCAAGGACGUCCGCCAGCGGCAACUCGGCGACAUCGCCGCCAUCCUCUCGGGCCGUAAACCGCGCCGCGAGAGGGACCAGGCCGCUGGGGAUGUCAAGGAUGCAGAACGAAGAGAGAAGGGCGGCGACAAGUCGUCCAGAGAGGACGGCCCCUCGUCCUCGUCCAGGUCAAGAGAGAAGGGCGACAAGUCGUCCAGAGAGGACGGCCCCUCGUCCUCGUCCAGGUCACAUCGGAGAGACCGAGACAGGAGCCGGUCGCCCCCCUGCAGGUCGUCCCGGGGCGACCGCAGGGAGAGGCGCAGAGAGGAGGAUCACAAGGACAGGUCGCGCGAGCGUCGCAAGAGGCGGCACGACACGUCAGAUGAGGGAGAAGAAGAAGAAGAAGAAGAAGAGGAAGAACACACACACAGGCGGAGCCGCCGGAGGCGCAGAGAGCGGUCACGUUCGCCCAGUGCGAGGCAGAGGAGAGAUCGUCGUCGUGAGAGGUCGCCGUUGCAGCAACCUCCUGCUGCCGGCCUCGACGCCGAUGCCCGACGCGAGAGGAGAGAUGCAAGACGCACGUCAGACAUCAACAACAACAACAACAACAACAACAAGGGUAAACACGCAUCACAAUCACACAGCAGGCUCGGAAAGCAAGGCAAGCAGGACGACGAUUCAGACCCGUUGGAGGACAUCAUUGGGCCCGCCCCCCCUCCUGCUGCUGCUGCAGCGUCUAUACCGCGCGGCCGAGGGGCAGCGUCGAGCUCGUCGGGUAUCGACCGCCGGUUCUCGGCCUCCUACGACCCCAAGAUGGACGUGCAGCCAUACGCAGACCCGGCAGCAGCUGACGACUGGGACGACGCUGUGGAGGCGUUUAGGGAUCGCCAGAAGUGGAAGCAGCAGGGAGGGGACCGGCUGCGCGAGGCAGGCUUCUCGGAUGACCAGAUCAAGAAGUGGGAAAAGGGAGGAGGCCUCGGGAGCAGUGCUGCGGAUGCGGACUGGAGCGACUUCCAGUGGACAAAGAAGGGAGAGAAGCGCGAGUGGGAUAGGGGAAAGACGGUUGGGGGUGACGGCGAGACAACGGCCGAGGCCGAUUGGACCAAGUAA